GGGCGGGGCCGGAAGAGGAAGUCGGGGCUGCAGCCCAGAGGUCCGGGUACCGCCAGCGCCGCCAGCGCCCAGCUGCCCGCCCGCGGGAUGGGGCUGCUGCUGCACUCGCGGCACGCUCCUCCGGCCGCUCUACUCUGGAGCUGCCUGCUGGGACUGACAGCUGCUCAGGAAGCCAUCCUGCACGCGUCCGCAAAUGGCACAUCUUCACUUUCCAAGGACUAUUGCAUGCAUUAUAACCCCAAAUGGACAAGGCUUCCAAGUUCCCUAGAAAAUGCAACUUCUCUUAGCUUGAUGAAUCUGACUGGCACGCCACUGUGCCACCCUUCUGAUAUUCCUCCUGAUGGCAUAAAGAACAAAGCCGUGGUGGUCCAGUGGGGAUCCUGCCGCGUCCUUGACAAAGCCCAGAUCGCCCAGAAAGGCGGUGCCGAAGCAUUGCUGAUCGCCAACGGCAGCGUUCUGCUUCCUUCCUCAAGGAACAGUUCUGAAUUUCAAAAUAUGACGAUACUAAUUGCAGUGAUAAGCCAAAGAGACUUUAAAGAUAUGAAACAGACUCUGGGAGAUAAUGUUACCGUGCAGAUGUAUUCUCCAUCCUGGCCUAACUUUGACUAUACUAUGGUGGUUAUUUUUGCAAUUGCUGUGUUCACUGUGGCAUUAGGAGGAUACUGGAGUGGACUCAUUGAAUUGGAGAACAUGAAGGCAGUAACAGACGCGGAAGAUAAAGAGAUGCGGAGAAAGAAGGAAGAGUACUUAACCUUCAGCCCCCUUACAGUGGUCCUGUUUGUGGUCAUCUGCUGUGUGAUGAUUGUCCUGCUCUACUUCUUCUACAGGUGGCUCGUUUAUGUUAUGAUAGCAAUUUUCUGCAUAGCAUCAGCAAUGAGUCUGUACAACUGUCUUGCUGCAUUGAUUCAUAAGAUGCCAUGCGGACAGUGCACGAUUUCCUGUUGUGGCAAAAGCAUUAAAGUAAGCCUGGUUUUCCUCUCUGGACUGUGCAUCUCAGUUGCUGUUGUGUGGGCUGUGUUUAGAAAUGAGGACAGAUGGGCUUGGAUUUUACAGGAUAUCUUAGGAAUUGCUUUCUGUCUCAACUUAAUUAAAACAAUGAAGUUACCCAAUUUCAAGUCCUGUGUGAUACUGCUAGGCCUUCUCCUGGUCUAUGAUGUGUUCUUUGUCUUCAUUACACCGUUCAUCACAAAGAACGGUGAGAGCAUCAUGGUGGAACUUGCGGCUGGGCCUUUCGGGAAUGCUGAAAAGAAUGAUGGAAACUUUGUGGAAGCCACUGCUCAACCCUCAGCUCCCCAUGAGAAAUUGCCAGUACUUAUCAGGGUGCCAAAGCUGAUCUGUUACUCAGUAAUGAGUGUAUGCUUCAUGCCUGUUUCAAUAUUGGGUUUUGGAGAUAUUAUUGUACCAGGCCUUUUGAUUGCAUAUUGUAGAAGAUUCGAUGUUCAGACUGGUUCUUCUUCUAUAUACUAUAUUUCAUCCACAAUUGCCUAUGCCAUUGGCAUGAUAAUUACAUUUGUUGUCCUUAUGCUGAUGAAGAAGGGGCAGCCCGCUCUCCUCUAUUUAGUUCCUUGUACACUUCUCACUGCCUCAGUCGUUGCUUGGAGUCGUAAGGAGAUGAAAAAGUUCUGGAAAGGUAGCAACUAUCAGGUGAUGGAGCACCUGGACUAUUCAACAAAUGAAGAGAGCCCAGUGACCACUGGUGAGCAGGCUGUGCAGCAGUAAUAACAUGGACCUACAGGAUGUGCUAUUGAUUUUUUUACAAAUAGAAUUUGCCCACCCCACUCCACAUACACACACACCCCUUUUUUUCUUUUUUGCUGUUGGAGACAGAGUCAGUACUGGAACUCAUUGUCCUCCUGCCUCUGUCUCUCAAAUGUUUGGGGACUAUAACUGGGCAACACCAGGCCCAGAAAGUUUUAAAUCUAAAUUUGAACUGAAAAUUGGAAACAUUUGCAGUGAUGUUUGCCAAUCCAUAUAUUUUUAUGAGCUGGUAAAAUUCAUCAUAUAUAGCAAAAAUGCAUUUCAUUUUAAUUAUGUUAAAGUUGUGCCUUCACAAUCAAUGAAAAACAUAGGGUUUGUGUAGUUUCUAAAGUAUUAUAUACAUUAUAUUUUUCUAAAAAAAAAAAAAGACACUUUGACCCUUCCUUGUACUUUUCUAAAAUAUUUCUCCAAAAUCUAAGGAUAGUUUAUUUAUAGGUGUCAAAUCAAGUUUCUUUCUUUUUUCUUUCUUUUCUUUUUUAAUUUUUGAGACAGGGUUUCUCUGUGUAGCUUUGGAGCCUGUCCUGACCAGGCUGGCAUUAAACUCACAUAGAUCCACAUGCCUCUGCCUCCCAAGUGCUGGGAUUAAAGGCGUGUGCCGCCACUGCUCGACUCAAAUCAAGUUUUUUGAAUAAAUGUUUAAGAUUUA